UCUUUUGAUCUCUGUUUCUUCUAAAUCUCAAAAUCUUCAAAAGCCCAUUUGGGAAAGAAAAUAAUCUUCAAUCGAUCGCAUGCAAUUCCAUUGAAAAAGAGUAAAACUUGGGUAAAAAUAUGUAUAGCAAUUUCAAAGAACAAGCGAUAGAGUUCGUAAAGCAAGCAGUACAAGAAGACACUGCUGGGAACUACAGCAAAGCGUUCCCCUUAUACAUGAACGCACUCGAGUAUUUCAAGACCCAUUUGAAAUACGAGAAGAACCCCAAAAUCAGAGAAGCAAUCACCCAGAAAUUCACCGAGUAUUUACGCCGUGCCGAGGAGAUCCGUACCGUUCUUGAUGAGGGUGGGCCAGGACCGGCUUCUAAUGGGGACGCUGCUGUUGCCACGCGCCCCAAAAGUAAGCCCAAGAAUGGUAGUGGCGGAGGUGAAGGAGGUGAUGAUGAGGAUCCGGAACAGGCUAAAUUGAGAGCUGGGCUUAAUUCGGCUAUUAUUAGGGAAAAACCUAAUGUUAAGUGGAAUGAUGUGGCUGGGUUAGAAAGCGCUAAGCAGUCUUUGCAAGAAGCUGUUAUUUUGCCGGUCAAGUUUCCUCAGUUUUUUACUGGAAAGAGAAGGCCAUGGAGAGCUUUUCUUUUGUACGGGCCACCUGGGACUGGGAAGUCAUACUUAGCCAAGGCUGUUGCUACUGAAGCAGACUCUACAUUUUUCAGUGUUUCUUCAUCAGACCUUGUGUCAAAGUGGAUGGGAGAAAGUGAAAAGCUGGUUUCAAACCUUUUCCAGAUGGCUCGUGAUAGUGCUCCUUCCAUCAUAUUUGUUGAUGAAAUAGAUUCCUUGUGUGGUCAACGAGGUGAGGGCAACGAGAGCGAAGCAUCAAGACGUAUCAAAACUGAACUUCUUGUGCAGAUGCAGGGUGUCGGAAAUAAUGAUCAGAAAGUCCUAGUGCUUGCAGCGACGAAUACUCCCUAUGCACUUGAUCAGGCCAUCCGUCGCCGUUUUGAUAAGCGUAUUUACAUUCCUCUCCCUGAUUUGAAGGCUCGACAACAUAUGUUCAAGGUGCAUUUAGGUGAUACUCCUCACAACUUGACUGAAAGUGAUUUUGAAAGCUUAGCUGGACGAACAGAGGGGUUUUCAGGGUCAGAUAUAUCUGUUUGUGUAAAGGAUGUUCUUUUUGAACCUGUUCGUAAAACCCAAGAUGCAAUGUUUUUCUACAAGUCGCCUAAUGACAUGUGGAUGCCAUGUGGACCAAAGCAACCAGGUGCUGUCCAAAUUACAAUGCAGGAAUUGGCAGCCAAAGGACUUGCAGAACAGAUCCUUCCGCCUCCUAUUUCGAGAUCAGAUUUUGAUAAGGUGCUUGCAAGACAGAAGCCAACGGUGAGCAAAUCUGAUCUGGAGGUCCAUGAAAGGUUUACAAAUGAGUUUGGAGAAGAGGGCUGACGGCUUUGAUGAAUAUGUCACAUUGAUCUACUCUCCGGUUGUGAGUGCAAUCACUGUAAUUUGUAUUUUAUUAAUAACCGCUGGAUCAUUCAAGGAAUUGUUUCUAUUUAGUUUCGUCAGUCAAGGGGGGGGGGGUGAGGGAGGUGUCUUGACUUCCCCUUUUCUGUAUUCAGAUGCAAAGAACGUUUCCAUACAUAGUUCAUUGCUCGUCUUUUUCUACUGUGUAAAGAACAUUACUCUGAAAAUAUUGGCUUCAAAUACCUGAAUAUAUGUUGUGCCCUUCUCCA